GAUGACAUUCGUCACGUUAACGCCCCAGCUACCUCACAUACAGGUCAAGAGACCCAUUCUGCUUGUCGUUGUCUCGACAAGUAGACACAUUCUAACAACAGCGUUAAGAGGGACGACCCAUAUAGCGGUCGCCCACUGCACAGGGAGGUAGGAGGGAGGUCACACGGAGGGCUGGACCUUGGCAAGGUAGACAUGACCACCUGUGAAAAGUCUGACCCUGACCGUGAUAAUCAUGUCGAUGUGAAAGUCACCUUAAGACUUCUUGAAAGAUGAGGACCUCGAAGCUGAUCCUAUCCAUUGCAGCGAUGGUUUCGGCGAUUCCUUGUUUACUUCUGUAUAUAUACAAUCCUGACCCAAGUCCAAGAAGUAUGGAUUUCACCAACAAGGAAUCAACGUAUCCACUUCCUCCAGCCAUGAAAGAGCAACAGAGAACCAGACAUGAGCUAAUCGCCAAGCACUGUCAGUCCGACCCUUCUGGAACGGCAACAAGUGUCGUGAUAGACCCAAGAUCAAUGGUGUCCUUCUGCCAGAGCCACAAGAUCGCUUCAACAUUUUGGCUGCGGGUGUUCCAUUUCCUCAGGUAUUACAACCCAGGAUACAACAUCACCCGCUUCAACCCAUUCACCGUAAGCAAAUACGAUGUUCACUUCAGCCAAAGAAAACUCAAGUUAUAUAAUCUAAAUGACGACAGAAACUUGAUCUUCAAGACAACGCGGUUCAUGUUCGCUAGAGAACCAUAUACAAGACUCUGGUCUCUGUUUCUAGACAAAUUUGUUGUCCUUGAUAAAUAUUUCCUGAAGACCUUCGGAGCCAUGAUUCUUAGAAGAAAAGGACACCAUAUGAAGAAUCCAUACGAUUUUUGUCACAAGGAUUACAGCAAUGUGUCAUUUCAGGAUUUCUUGGAUCUGAUUGUGCAUUGGGACAACGAAACUCAUGGUGAAAUGGAUGACCAUUUUGGAACCGUUAUGCAUCACUGCAGUCCAUGCCGGUUUAAACCUGAUUUUGUUGGUAAAUUGGAAACGUUUGAUCCAGACAGUAAAUAUAUACUUCAGCUCCUUGGUCUAAGUGACUUUGUUCAAGUUCUGGAGCAUGCAGACCAUGUGCUUGAGGAGAUGCACAUGCUUAUAGAUUAUAAUUAUUUACUCUUUGAACGAGACUUUAAGUCAUGCUUUGUCCACUGUGUGAAAAAGACUUUAGACGCUUUUCAGAUGAAUGGAUACCUGACCAGUUCAUCCGUAGAGAGGUUAAAGUCCAAACUACCUCUACCAAAACUGAUAUUCACAAGAGAUGUAACAAAUGAGUAUCGACGAAGCAAAACGAACAUUUAGUCAGAUGGCGAAAACCAAACGUAAAUGGAAAAUACAUGCAUUUGGGACAAUAAGAAGAGAUACACUUAUGGCAAUAGAGCAAAUUUAUGAAAGGGAGUUGGUAACAUUUGGAUACGACCUUUACCCAAAGGAUGUCUUUCAGUGGAUGUUCAAACACUGACAACAUCUAUGUUUGUUGAUUAGCCAUAUGAAAAAACUUCCUGUUUUUCUUACCCGUGAAGAUCCAGGUUAGAAUUGUGGUCUUCAGGAACCCAUGCUUGUCGUAAGAGGUAAGUAACAGGAUCGGGUGGUCAGGCUCGCUGACUUGUUUAACACAAGUUAUCGUAUCCCAGUUGCGUAGAUCGAUGCUCAUGAUGCUGAUCACUGGAUCGUCUGGUCCAGACUCGAUUAUGUACAGACCGCCGCCAUAUAGCUGAGUGCGGCGUAAAACUAAACUCACUCACUCAUGAUGCUUCUGAGCAACAUUAUGAUGAUUUUGUGGUUACCAAGUGUGACGUCACGGAAGCGAUGGUUGUACAUGGAAAACAUGCAUGCGCUCACCAUGCUCCACACAUUCUCAGAGAUACAAUGAUAUAACUGUCUGUGACGUAAGCAGCAAACACUCAUUCAUGUCCUUUAUUUAUCCAGCAGGCUCCUUACAUCAAGCAAUUGUACCUCUAACUUGAUCUUUCCAUAUAAACGUCGACAAGUCGCUACGAUCGCUUAGUGGUACGGACCCCUGUCUUUAGUAAAUCGUAAUAUGACAAUUUUGUUUGUAUAUGAGACUCGCCAAUGUUCACAUGUAUUACCUGCGAGGCUGUACAGUUCCUUUCAUGUGUCGCAUUCAAUGUGAAGAGAAUGAUCGUUUGCGAAGAUAA